UUAGCCAGUGUUUGUCAUCUUCACUUAGUGUGCAAGAACACACGCAAUAUUAGCUUUUACAGAACAGAACUUUACCACAGAUGAGGAGGCAUACCCUUUUGUGAAGAUCACACAUUUGUACCCAUUUCUAAAAAGCCUCCUGGAUACAGAUACACAAAGGUUGUUUUCAAAUAGGAUUUGACAAAGAUUAUAAAAUGGGAUCCAAUGACAAAACAAGACCAAAAGGACAAUUGAGAUUUUGCAAGCUCAACAUGUUCUUUCUCUUGAUGUUCAUGAUCUAUUUCCCUGUUCCUGUGAGUGGAUUUUCCCUGCAAAGUUGCACAGUGAGCAUCAAUACAGCCGUAUGUGUAAAGAAGAGACUGACUGCAAUACCUAAGGAUGUUCCUCCAACAGUAACUGGCUUUGACCUAUCUGUAAACAGGCUGACGAGAAUACAACAGUCAGAUUUUCCACCAUUACCUCUUCUGCUUUUUAUGGAUCUGAAUCGUAACAAAAUUUCGGAAAUAGACCCCGGUGCUUUUCGUACGCUGACUUCCCUCCGACGGUUAAAUCUCAACAACAACAAAGUUAUUAAACUGGGGGAAAGAGUUUUUGAUGGAUUGAACAACCUCACUGUGUUAAGAAUUAAUUAUAACCAGAUUAAAGUGCUAUCAUCCACAUCUUUUCAGUCGCUGACAAAAUUAGAAGUUUUGGAUAUUUCUCACAACAAACUGCAGAAGAGUGCAGAUCUGGAGCUAAUAUUGCAUCAUAUGCCACAGCUGCAAGAGUUGGUGCUAAGAGGAAAUAGUUUAAAAGCUUUUAAUUCCUGGGAAAUUACUAACCGCUCACUUGCUCUUCACAUUCUUGACUUGACUCUUAAUCCGCUGAAGGACUUUAAGGUUACUUCUGAUAUCUUCCAAAACCUCACCCGCCUGAAGCUUGGCAAUCCUAAAGGCAACGAACAAACAAUAUGGGAUGUGAAAAACCACACUUUCCUGAGCAGAGUGUCCAAUCUUGAUAUCAGUGGGCUCAUUAUGACUCUUGAUGAUAUGAAAUCAUUACUUGAAGCAGUAACUAGCUCACUAACUUCUCUACGGAUGAACAGCAUGAAAUUAAAUCAUAGCCAACUCAUCAACAUGUCUUGCUCCCUCCCGACAAUGUUCAUAUUGCAGUUUCAAUUCAAUAAGCUUAAGAAUAAAAUUGAUUCUUAUUUCUUUAAAUCCUGCGUUCAUCUGACUGAGUUAGAUUUAGCAAAUAAUUAUAUAGAACAUAUCCCAGAAAAUGCCUUUAUGACUCUGAAAGAUUUAAAGGUUUUGAUUCUAAGCAACAACAAGCUUUCAUCAGUUCCAAAUGCAACAAGAACUCUACAAAAUCUUAUAGAGCUCGAUCUCAGCAGCAACAACAUCGGUUCGGUCACUUGUAUGGAUUUCUCCAAUAAUGUGAAGCUAAAGGAGCUAGCUCUGAAGAAUAACUCAAUCCAAACUCUGAGUGACUGCGUUUUCAAGAAUUUGCUACAACUCCAAGUUCUCCGAUUACAAUCCAAUCAGUUAAUACAACUAAAUAAAGCUUUUGAAAAAAAUCUCCCCAACCUUAAACGUCUAUAUUUGAAUGGAAACAAACUCAAAAAAAUUUCAGCAAAGGAAUUUGCAGGCUUGCGUUCUCUCCAGAAUCUAACAUUACAUCAAAAUCAAAUAAAGGACCUUGUUGAAGACAGCUUUGUUGGACUCACAAAUCUCACUGAUAUUAACUUGCAGACAAAUUGCCUCACCAUGAAGGCCUUAAAGACAGGUGCCUUCAAUGCUCUUAUUAAUCUUAGAAGUUUAGAUCUAACUUCUAAUCAUAUUAAAUUUGAGCCACUGUCGCAUCCUCCAUUUUCUAAUCUGUCCCGUUUAGAGAGGUUGUUCUUUAUGGGCCAACAUCUUAAUGGGAAUCAACAUCUUAGCAUCAACUCUCUCCAAGGUUUAAACAACCUGUUAUAUUUUAAUGCCAGAAAAAAUCAUCUUACUAACCUUGAUAACGACACGUUUACAUACACUCCGAAGUUAGAGUAUCUUGACAUUGGCUCAAAUGACUUGAAGACCCUUUCUUCACAGCUGUUUGCCCCAAUUAAAAACCUUAAAAACCUCUAUAUACACCGAACAGCUCUGCAUUCAUUAGAUUUCUUUAUAGAGGCCAACCUGACUAAGCUGGAGUUCCUUGAGGGAAGACACAACCAGUACUCAGUAAUCACUGAGAAAGUAAUCAAGUCCCUUCCAUCUCUUUUGUUUGUAGACUUUACAUAUAUUAGUUUCUCUUGUGACUGUGAUAAUGUCUGGUUUAUAAAUUGGACCAGAGCUAACAAACAAACACAGGUCAACGAUGCAUAUAACUAUUCUUGCAACUAUCCAGAUAACUUCAAAGGCAAAAAACUUUUGGACUUUGACAUCACAUCCUGCUUGCCGGACAAGGGUUUUAUCCAUUUUGCGUCCACAACGGGCGUCAUUCUUUUUUUUUUGGUCAUCUCCUUCACUUACCAUUUUAUGAGGUCUCACCUUUACUAUGCCUACCACCUCAUCUGGGCUUGGCUUUUUGACUCAAGGUAUAAGAAUAAGCAAGCUUCUCAUCGGUACGAUGCCUUUAUAUCCUACAACUCCAAUGAUGAGCCUUGGGUGAUUGAACAGCUGUUACCCCGGCUGGAGGGAGAGCAGGGCUGGAGGUUAUGUCUGCACCAUCGAGACUUUGAACCAGGGAGGUCCAUUAUAGACAACAUCACAGAUGCUAUCUAUAGCAGUAGGAAGACCAUCUGUGUGAUCAGCCAGAGAUACCUCAGGAGUGAGUGGUGCUCCAGAGAGGUCCAGACAGCCAGCUUCCGUCUCUUUGAUGAGCAGGAGGACGUGCUCAUCCUGAUCUUCUUGGAGGACAUUCCCACCUACAUGCUGUCUCCUUACCACCGCAUGAGGAAGCUCCUGAAGAAGCAGACCUACCUGAACUGGUCGCGAGCCGCGGACCAGCCUGACGUGUUCUGGGAGAAUCUGAGGAAGGCUCUGCAGACCGGAAACAAACCAGAUGGGGAGAAGUUAUUGCUCACAGUGAUCGAAACACAGUGAUGAGACUUGUGAUAUUAGUGUUUUCAUUCCAGAUGUUUUGGGCCAUUUAUCUAAAAGGUAUAGAUAAAGGGCAGUUAUUUUUUAACACAACUGUUGUUUUUCAAUCUUAAUUCAGGAUCAUUUAUUAGAACCCUGCCCAACACAUCUCAUCCCAAAGGACUGUACAGAGACAUUAUAAUCAAAUCAUAUAGUAAGAUUUGUUAAAAGUUUACUGCAUGAUAAAAAAAAACUUUGCAGGAUCCACUCCUUCUAGAUGUAGCAACAGUAGUUAUUAUUUUUUUGUUUUGUUUCAUAGCUAGCAUGAAAAUGACAGUGGAGAGAAAAAAAACAACCUUUAAACAGGAAUAUACCUCCAGCUGAACCAGCCUUAGUAUGAGCGGCCUUCUGCUGAGGCAGACUUGACAGAACAUGCAAAAGGUACAUGGAAGCUAUGUUUGAAAAGGUAAUGAAAAACUAGCUCCAUAUGUGGCUCUGGUAAAGGAGCUGUUAGACCAAUUUUGGGUCAAAAAUGAUAAAAGAACAUUAUUGCUUAAAAUUGUUGACAGCAUCAGCCCACCUGAUGGUCCCCUCCAGGAGCAAAUGUCAAUGUCAAAAAGAACCAGGCCAGAUGAAGCUACUAUGCGGUAAUCUAAAACGAGAAAAUAUAAGUUGGAGUUUGAACUCACAAAUGAAGCAAAAUUGGGGAAUAGAGGCAGAAUGUAGUAGAAUGAUGAAAAGUAGUCCCUAUGUCCCCCAGGAGUCUAAGCCUAUAACAGCAUAACUAUAGAGAUAGCUCACAACAACCUGAGCCAAGCUAACAAUACGCUUUAUCAAAGAUAACUGUUUUAAGCCUUGUCUAGACAGGAUGUCUGUCUACUAAAACUGGUAAUUGGUUCCAAAGGCGGGGAGCCUGAUAAUCAAAAGAUCUGCCUCCCGUUUAUACUUCAAGAAAUUCUAGGAACCAUUAUUAAACUUUGCAGAUUGAAAGUUAAGUGCACAGUUAGGAACAAAAUGUACAACCCAUCCUUUGAUAUAAGAUGGGGAUCAGUUAUGCCUACAGACCAAUCUAUGGUCUUCCUGAUAGUAAUGAAUCACAAUGGUCCGGCCUUUAAGAGCAAAUUAAUGGACUAGGUUUUCAGCAUCACCUUAUGACAAGUUAUUAUACAUUUAAAAGAUUGAAAUUCAAGAAGCAUUUUAAUAUGAGAUUUAAAUGACAAGCCCUGGUUAAAAAAUAAAACCAAGUAUAUCUAAUCCCAUCCAAAUGAAAUGACUUACUAAUCAGUACAAUUUCAAAGAUUCUGGUCCAAAGAUAAUAACUUAUGUCUUGUUUGGAUUCAUAAGCAGAGAAUUUGAGCUUAUCCAGAUCUCUCAGAAGUUCUUUAGACAUGCCUGUAGCCCAUGUAAAAAGUUAAUUUCAUCAGGUUUUAUGGAUAAGCUGAGUGUCAUCAGCAUAACAAUGAACAUGAAUCUCUAGCUUUCUGAUAAUUCUAUCUAUUGGAAGCUUGGAAGAAUAUACUGUAUAUAGUAAGGAGAACUGGACCUAGCACUGAUCCCUGUGGUACUCCACCGGUAAGAUUUAUCAUGAACAUAAACAUGCUUCAGCACUGUAAGGCAUGUUCUUAAUAAACUAAAAUAUCUUGAAGUGGGAGCUGAGCGAAUAUUUAGGCCCUUUAAGAUCUAAAAGGAAAAAAAGUAGGAACAGUUUAUGCAGGUUUUUACUUGUUUAUUCCCAAAAUUUUUGUCUUUAGUAUAAUGUUGUUUUAGAAACUACAGCUAUAGCUGUCCAUGUGAGAUUACAAGUUUGAACACAGUGUUUAGAGGGAACACACUGAAAUGACCACCGACAUUGUUACCAUUAUUGAAAAAGAAUACUUUAGUUAACAAGGAAGGCUGAAAAACAGGAGAUGUAGUAUUUUGUGGUGCCACCAGAUAAAUCCCUCUCCUGCACAAUUCAAUUCCAAAUAAUCCUGUGACACACUAAAGCAAACAGUAGAUGUCAUUAGUAUUUGACACCAAACUGGAUCAGUUUGUGGUGUAGUCAAAAGCAGACUCUGCAAGAAUUAAGUUGGGUCUAGUUUGUGUACAAAGAAUUCAACUCCCUUUUCUUAGCCUUGCAGGGCUCAUCCUGCACUGAAUCCAGCCAGGUGUUAACCUGGGAGAAACCCAUCUCUAUUUAUAGCUUUUUUGGAUGUGAAAAUGUGAAAACAUCAUAUGAUGGAACUUGGCCCACCUGUUUUGGCUGUGCACCAGAUUACUUAAGCCAUGGAGGUUCUAAUAAGUUAGACUUUAUGAGACCUUUCAGAUCAACCCUGGAAACAUAGACACCCAAAAUAAAAUAAAACCCUCUAUUCCCUCUUUUUAGACAUUUGUCAAGAUAAUUUUUUUCCACAAUAACAUAGUUUUUCAUGAAGGUUUGUCACCGUGAGUCACAGACUGAAGGCACGGUUAGCUUACCCCAUAGUCAUCAUAUAUCCUGUUCUUGCAUCUGUCUCAACGGGGCAGAUUGUGAUGCCGUGUACCCCUCUGACCUAGUGUUGCAACCCACAUAGCUCUGCCUGGGGAACCACUGCCCCCCAUAUGGAGCUCCGCAUUCGUAAUGGCAUAUGUAGAUGUCAUAUCACCGCCAGGAUCCGCCCCGCCAUCUAUGAUGUCACAAAGAUAAAACUGAGAAGUUAUAAAACUUGCAAUGGUGUAACUCCACAACUCCAUAUUCCCUGAUACAGGGAUCAGAGAUUACGUUACUUCUGUUCUAUUUACAGCAGCACCAGCAUUCCCUAAGGCCCCCUUUUACCCUAAAAAGAGAGGGGCCAGGGUCUUGUCCACUUAGCCAGAAGAACAGCAGCUUUUAGAUUAGGCUUUAUUCAGAAAUACCUGGUAGGGCCUCCUGGCAGGAUGUGUUCAGGUGUAUUUUUAGACCUGCGAGCAACCUGCACGUUGCUUUGUUUUUAACAGAUAUAAAUAAAUCUUUUAAAGUUAAAGGGAUUGCCCAAGUUUUAUCAGGGAUUUAUUAAAUCAUGUGCCAUAUUUUUUUAAGAUCAUUGCAAAAGUCUAACUCACUGGCUUUUAAAAUAGCCUUUAAUCUCUGGGUCAAGGUUGGAUGUGUGUGGUUGUGAGGGACCAGGGAUGUCAAGGCGCUGCACCAUUCCAAGAUGACCACAAUGAGACAGCUGGUGGAGACUGCAGGACCGUCCCUCUCUAACAUGGAGGACACGGGUUCAGGGAUAGGGGUACCGUGUGCGAGGAUGGCAUGGUGCUUCCUGGACCUUUUUGGGGAAAUGUUCUUGGUCAAGGAGAGGAGCCUUCUUCGUACGUACUGUGAGGGUCAGAACCAACGGGAUCCAACAGACCGCUUUCCUGGCCUGAUCCAGGGUCCUCGCUUCCCCUUGCAAAGUGGACCUCUACUGUCCAGCCUGGACCCACAGAAAGUGGUUCUUUUAAAUAUGGACCGCAAAGCCCUUUAGCACAGUUGCACAAAAGUCAUUAUUCAAAGACAGCUCUAUAACCAGGCAGUCUGCAUCCGGACAGAAACACUUGUGGGAAAAAAUUCCCAAUGGAGGACUUUAUACAAGCUUCCAAUUAAAUAAUGAAUUGGUUAUCUCCUGUGGAGGACCUUACAUGAUUCUAUGGACACAAACUCGUUUUUAUCUAUUAUCAAUCGUGGUAUUUUAAAAGUGAGUGAGUGUCCUUUCUCCGAUCUGUCUGAAAAUGUAUUUCAUAUUUUAAUGGAAUGCACAAGACCUGAAGACCUUUUUGAGCCUUUAAAUAAUUAUUUUUAGUCUUUUUGGAACAGUUUUUACAAAUUCUCUAUCUAUCGGAGGAGUUUCCCAAUGCUAAAGGAAUAAGCCAAAGCCCUGACUUUAUUUUUAUUUUUUUUAAUCAGCACGCAAAGAGGGUAGAGACAGACUACAGGAAGGACCUCAGCUUGAUGCUGUGGCUCUGUGUAUGUGCAACGUUAAAGCCGGAAGGAGGCUUUAGUUUCACUUCCACAGAGCCACACAGAUGUUUUUAUGCUGUUGUGGGGUUUUAACCAAAUUUGAUGUACUGUGUCAGAUGAUGGAGUACUACAAUAUAAGACUCCUCAUGUCAUUCUUGUUUUACAGAAAUAGGUGUUUAUAUCGCUUGAUUUUUAAAAUAAAAU